AUGCCCUCCAUUAGAGAGUGGGCAGGUGUGGCAUUUGUGAUUAGAGACCAUGGUACCAGGUUGCUUGCGGCAGAGGGUUGUCGGUCUAGUGAGGCCUCGACACUUAGGGUAGAGAGCAGAGCUGCAUGGGAGGGGCUAUCUUAUGCAAAAUAUGUGUUGGAGGCUGAUAGGAUUAUAUUGGAGGGGGACUCUGCUGUCUUGAUUGAUCGCCUCCAGACAGAGAGACGGGAGGAGGUGGAGCACCCGCUUCUGUCUGACGAUGCAGAGGGCGAGGAGAAAGGGAGCGUGGAGCGAGGGAAAAGACGGCGAGGGGGGAACAGAAGGGAAAGGAAGAAGGCCCUGCACCGAGAGAAGCCCCUCCCCCAAGAGAAUGCUGAUGGAGGGAGCUGCGAUCAAGAGAGCGGAGAGGGGAGUGAAGGAAGAGAGAGCGAGGGAGACUUAGGAAAGGAGAAGGCGUAUGACCGGGAGGUCAAUGCUCUGGUGGUCGUUUCAGUGCUUCCGUGGCCGUAUACCUAUUCCGAGAUGACCAAAGGUAUUUCUGAUAUCUACAGCGGGUGCAGGGUGAACUUCUUGCAGAUGGUUGUAUUUAACUUACCAUGAUUUUGGAACUGUUGCUGCAUCAACCUAAAAUGCUGCUCUCCUAGUCUCCUUGGACAAUGUACUUUCUGCAUUUAAAUUUUGAUUGUCAUGUUAAAAUUACUUCUGUAUGCUUUCAUACUUAAAAAUUAAGUAGUUGGUUCCUGAGGCCAAGUGGUAUUCUAGUUGGAUUUAUGAAGUUAGCCUUUCCUGUAUGUCCCUGGGAGAUGAGUUCCUGUGAGUUUGCAGAUAGCACUUUAGGAGACUUGCAGAGUUUGAAAUAACAAAAACUUCUAUGUUUUCUAUCU